AUGAAGGCUUCAUUCAAAGCACGAUAUGAGCCGGACAAAGGCGCCGCCGCUACUACUGUGGCGGUCAACGCCGGUGACUUUAAGCUGAGAGCUUCAAUGACAGAUGCUACUGUCGUCAAAGGUCCCUCCUUAAACGGCUUAGCUUUAGCUGUUGAGAAACCUGGCAAAUUCAUCAUCGACUAUAAUGUCCCCAAAAAGGACAUUCGGUUUCAGUUUAUGAACUCAAUCAAGGUUCUGGAGAAGCCAUUGAAUUUGAAUUACAUUCAUUUUCAUGGAGACAAGCGCACGAUAUUGGAUGGAACUUUGGUGUUUGAUUCCGCGAACAAGGUGUCGGCCAAUCACGUGAUGGGCUCAGGAAGUUGUAAAUUGAAGUACACAUAUGUCCAUGGGGGAAUCACUACUUUCGAGCCCAGCUAUGAUACAAAGAAAAAUGCGUGGGACUUCAUGGUAUCACGUAAAGUUUAUGGGGAUGAUGUGUUUAGGGCUACUUAUCAGACGACAAGCAGGAAUUUGGGGCUCGAAUGGUCCAGGAGUUCCAAGUUAAAUGGAUCGUUUAAGAUUUGUGCAUCUCUCUGUUUGCUUGAGGAAAGCAAAAUUCCAAAGUUAACUGCUGAGACUUCAUGGGACUUCGAAAUGUGAUAUCGUGUCUUCUGCAAUUAUUCAGAUACAACUACUUCUGGCUACCAUUCAUAAUUCAACUUCAUCUAAUGUUUCUAGCUCAAUUUGUUGAUUCACAAGUGGGCUAUUCAUUUUGUUAUGGUUGACUCCUUAACUAUAGUAGUUUAUGGUCACCAACAUGAGUAUUGAUCCACACCUGCUUUUGUUCAA